AUGAUACUUGAUCAAAACAAAUUAACUGGACCUAACUAUUCUGACUGGUUAAGAAACUUAAAAAUUAUUCUAGCUUCUGAAAAGAUCACAUAUACACUGGAUAAGGCACCUCCAAAAGAAGCUCCUAUCAAUGCCAACCCUGAUGAGUUGGCAGAAUUUGAAAAAUGGUCGGACCAUAAUCUUCAAGCAAGAUAUUAUAUGAUGUCUUCAAUGUCAAAUGAAGUGCAAAAGCAGUUUGAGGAGACAAUGAAUUCUAUAGAUAUUCACAUACACUUGCAAGAGUUAUAUGGUACACAAACUAGUUCAGUCAGACAUGUGACUGUCAAGGAGCUCAUGACAUCUCAUAUGCAAGAUGAGGCUUUGGUCCAUAAGCAUGGGGUAAAGAUGAUUGGGCUUAUUGAAAAGUUAGUGAACCUUGACCUGGUUAUUCUACACGAGCUAUCGACAGACAUCAUAUUGUUGUCUCUCCCCUCCUCAUUUGACAAUUUUGUGGUCAACUUCAAUAUCAAUAAUCUUGAGGCUACCCUUGAAGAGCUAGUCAACAUGAUUGUAAAUUAUGAAGCUACCAUGAAAAAGGAAAAAUCUAUUUUCCUUGUGGAUUCAUCUUCUGGAUCCAAGAAAGGACCCAUGGAAAAGGGAAAAAAGCAUUCAGCCCCUAUAAAGAAGAUCAUGCCUAAUAAGAAGCUAAGGUCCACAAUGCUUGAUCAGUUAGAAUAUAUUUAUUUCCACCGCAACAAGCUUGGAUAUUGGAGGUGCAAUUGCAAGGAGUAUCUUGUUCAAAAGCAUUUUGGAAAAUAUGAUGACAAGAAGUAA